AGGAAGAAAUAACAAAGUUUGUUCCAAAGAAAUUGCUGUGUAUCACCAGCUGAAUGACAGUUAGUGAUUUUCUGCCCGUUGAAAAAGUUUGGGGCGGGAUCUGCUUUUAAAGUGGGGCUGGUGACUGGGAGUAGCUGUUCAACCUACCUCGGCUCAUAUAUGCUUCCACAUGCAGCCAACAGUCCAGUUGUGGGAGGAGAGACAAUGUGCCAAGACCCCCAAAGUCCCUGUGACUGUUCGGCCAACGGCAGCCUGUGCGACCCCUGCAAGAUGACAGCCAAAGAGAUGGAGGCGGCACACUUUCCCAACAUCACCACGGUGAGUCGACCAGAGAGCAGGAGCGAACUGGAGCCGAGCAUCUCCACUGAGGUGGUGACGGAAAAAGGCCGAAACUGGGGAUGGGUGCUGUCCGGGAUCAUCUGUCUGAACAUCCUGAUGCUGGGCUGUUCAUUGGUCAGUGGCAGCACUACAAACAGCGUCAGCUUCCCAGACCUGCAGUCUUUCCUCAUCUUUCUCCUCCUCUUCACCUCCGUCUGGAUGGUUUAUUACUCRAUUUACAUAAAAAAGCACCCAAAUGCUAUCACCUUCAAGGAUGGGCAUGCUGGACCAAUUUGGCUCAGAGCUGGACUUGUGCUGUUUGGAAUCCUCAGCAUCAUCAUGGAUAUUUUCAAAAUAGCCAGCUAUGUGGGAUAUGUUCACUGUGAUUCUGCUGUUAAAGUUGCAUUCCCCGUGGUGCAACUUGUCUUUGUUAUUGUACAGACAUACUUUCUGUGCAUCCAUUCAAAAGAUUGUGUGCAGCUGCAGAGGAACCUUUCACGCUGUGGCUUGAUGCUCACACUCUCUACAAACCUGGUUAUUUGGAUGACUGAGGUCACUGAGGAGUCUCUUCACCAAACAACGGUGCCGGAACACCCAACUAACGUCACAAAAUUCUCAAGACGGGACCUGUACAUCAAUAGAGCUGGUUAUGGAGAUGAUUCCUGUAAAUGCAGCCACACUUCAUGCAGUCUCUUCAAGGCGGCCUACUACUACCUGUACCCCUUCAAUAUCGAGUACUGCCUCUUUGCUUCAGCCAUGGCCUACGUUAUGUGGAAGAAUGUAGGGCGAGUCUCACCUGAAUUCAGCCACCACACCAAAUUUAGUCUCAGGAACAUCUUGGUUGGUCCAGUUUUGGGGAUAGUCAUGGUGGUCGCAGGCCUGGCGACAUUCACUUUGUAUGAGAUUGAAAUGAAUACCAACUACAAUGACCAGGAGGGCAAAGACCAUGCAGUGAUGAUGCUCUUUGUCAUGAAUAUAGUCAUUGUGACCUCAAUGUCGCUCUGCACCAUUGUCGGUUGUGCCAUCUUCAGGGUGGAUCACAGGAAGCACAGCACAGAGAAGAACCCCACCCGCAGUCUGGACGUAGGGCUGCUGGUGGGAUCCUCGCUGGGCCAGUUCAUCAUCAGCUACUUCUCCAUCGUUGCAAUGGUAGCAACCGGAGCCAACGGCUACCUGAACAGGCUCAACUUGACCUGGAGUUUGGUGAUGGUGGUCCAGCUUGGCCUGCAGAACUAUUUCAUAGUCGAAGGCCUGCACAGAGAGCCCUUUCAUGAAGUGGAACCUGUCAGAGUGGUGGUAAAUCCAUAUGCGACAAAAACAAGCAAAGAUGGGGGAAACCUUGAAAAAACAGACACGGAGAAAAAAGCCGAACCAGACACUGAAGCACAGAGCCACGGUGGGACGGUGGAGAACCACCACAGACUGUUGUGGAAGCGGCGGGUGCUGAGGGAGGUCUGUGCCUUUCUGCUGCUGGGCAAUGUCAUUCUGUGGGUCAUGCCCGCAUUUGGUGCUCGUCCCCAGUUUGACCACGACGCUGAAACCGACUUCUAUCAGUUCAACAUGUGGGCUACUAUUGUGAACGUGGGUCUUCCUUUUGGCAUCUUUUAUCGAAUGCAUUCAGUCGCCAGUCUCUUUGAAGUGCUCCUGAACUCCUAAAGCUACACUUUAAAACUACACAGGAAGCUCUUCUUGGACUUUAUCAAAUUCUUGUGUACAGACUGUGUUUUAAACUUUUGAAGUGGAGACUGUCAAAAUAUUAUCAUUUUGUUGUGUAUGAUCCACAUGCAACAAGUGAAUGUAUUCAAAAUGUUCUUGUCAGAUUUCAAAUUGAUAAUUUAAUGUACAAUAUAACUACACAAAAUAAUAACUUGUAUAACUCGAUUCAUGAUUUAUGUAUGCAAAUGAUUAAAGCAAGUUUAAAAUGUGAAUGUUUAUGAAGCUCAUGCUG